AUGCAAAAUGUCCAUGGACGAAGUGAGCGUAAAUUGAUCGUGCUAAAUAAGCACAACCAACCUGUUGGUCCUACUCAAGCGAUCGUAGCAGAGUUAGGUAGCUUCCUUGGAACAUUGGCAAGGAAUUCGACCUUUUGUCCUGUUAACGUAUCAAAUUGGAGGAAACUGAAAACACAUAAAGAUAUGUGGAAAUAUACCAAGGAAAAAUAUAACAUUACCGAUACUGCACAAGCAUGGGCUUUAAAAGCAAUUCAAUCUGCUUGGAGAAAGUAUAAGAAUUGGUUGAAGAAAAAACACUAUAUACCCUAUGCCAAUGACCAACUUCGAAUGGAAAACAGGCCCGGAUAUGUUCCACAAUCUCAUUUUAUGGAUCUCCUUGUAUACUGGAACUCUGAAAAAUCUCAGAAAAUGUCCAACACUAACAGAGAGAAUCGCAAAAAGUUGAGGUAUCCGCAUACUGUUGGCAAAAAAAGCUUUGCUGUAAUUCGCGAGGAAAAAAAGAAGGAAGGUCCCAAUGCUGUGACGAAUAAGGCCAUCUUUGUGACUACAAGAAAGAGGAAACCUGGUCGAGCUGAAAUGGAAAGAGUAGAAACUCAAGAAAGCGAAGAUGGAGUUGAUGCAUUUGCCGCAGUUAUGGGACCUGAUCAUCUGAGCCACGUAAGAUUGUAUGGGUGUGGGGUUACCAAAACUGUCUUGAAAGGAAAAGCUGGAGAUUCUGGACACUCUUUAAAUGGUAAUGAUGAACUGAUGAAGCAAACAAUGGAGGAGAUGGAAGCGAGGAUGCAAAAAAUGCAGGAAAAAUUCGAUGCACAAACGGAGGUGAUGGAACAAGGUAUUACAAUGAACGUCAUCGCACAACUUCAGCGUCUAAACCCAGACUUAGUACUUGAUCCUAGCAUGCUAAAAUUCAAUUUUCGUUCGUGA